UCACUUUAAAAGCAUUACACAAUAGUUUUGUGCAUAUGCGGAUGAAAUGUUGUCCAUUGUUCUAUAAUGACGGUACAAGACUGUGUGUGUGUGUGUUAUUUAUUCAUGAUGUGGUCCUGUCCACUAUUUGUGUAUUUCUGCUGGAGAACCCUUUGAUUCUAUUUCUGUACCUCCGAUUACAAGACUGACAAUGAGAAAUUGUGUGAACUGCGUUGCUGCAUUGUUUGGAUGAGCUGAUAUACCCACAGUGUUGUGGAGAUGUCUUUGAAUGAGGACUUAGUACAACCUACUAAUGAUAGUUUCUGGGAGAUCGGCAAAUACCACCGCACUGUCAAACGUAUAGACAAUGGUAAAGCCCUUUGUGACAGUCUUAGACAGCUGAUCAAAGAGAGGAGUGAAAUCGAAACAUCUUACGCCAAAAACCUCACAAAUUGGUCCAGAAAGUGGAAUGAUUUUCUUGACAAAGGUAAUGAGUAUGGGACGAUACAGGCGGGCUGGAGAGGACUACUACAGGAGGCCGAUAGUCUAGCCGAUUUACACAAUGUAGUGUCCGAGAACUUAAUAACUAAAGACUAUGCCAGCAUUAAAAUGUGGCAGAAAGAAAACUAUCACAAGUCCAUGAUGCAUUUUAAAGAAACUAAAGAGCUCGAGGAAGGGUUUAAAAAAGCACAGAAACCAUGGGAAAAGAAAUACACAAAAGUAAUGCAGUCCAGGAAAGACUAUCAUGCAGCAUGUCGAGCAGAGAAGAGCACAGCUAAUCAAGAAAAUAAUGCUAGGGGGGAUUCAGCAGUGUCCCCUGAUCAGACGUCUGAGAUUGGUGCAAAUGAGACAAAGUUGAAGAAAAUCCAGGAAAAGUUACGGAAAUGUCAGCAGGACGUGGAAGCUACCAGAGACAAAUAUGAAGCCUCGCUGAACGACCUCAAUAGUUAUAAUGCUAAAUAUAUUGAAGAUAUGAACGAGGUGUUCCAAAAAUGCCAAGACUUUGAGAAAAGUAGAAUAGAAUUCUUUAAGAAGACAAUGUUUGAGAUCCAUCAACAUCUUGAUCUGUCUGUUGAACCAAAGUUCUCACAAGUGUACAGUAACCUUCACAGUACUAUAGGACAGAUAGACCCUGACAAAGAUCUGAGAUGGUGGUCAACAAAUCAUGGAGCUGACAUGCCCAUGAACUGGCCAACAUUUGAGGAAUAUUCCCCAGAGCUACAAAACAUUUCCAAGAAGAAGGACUCGCAGCUGGGUGGAAAUGAUGGCAUUACAAUCACCAGUAUUCGUCACAAGCCCGACGCGUUUGUUCAGCAGUCAGACUCCUUUAAUUCUCAUCAGAGACAGACGUCUACAGAGUCGCCCAGGUCCUCCUCAGGUUCUAACGUAGUACAACAACAGCAGCAGCAGACUCAACAGUCCUCAUCACUCCGUAUCCAGUCACCUUUGACCUCAGUCUGGGGAAUGAUAGCCUUUACUGUAAGAACUCUUCAUCACAAUUUUACCAGGAAAAUUUCAUUUGAUGGCUUCUCCUUAAAAAAGAAGGAAAAAGAUAAGGCCUCCAAACGGAAAACCAUGUUGGAUCAAGCCAAACAACCCAAUGUAGAGGAGGUCAAAAGAAAUUCCGAUCCGUCCCGAGUGCAGCAGCCCCCAGAUUCUGCGAGGCUCGCUCAAAUGAACACAGACGUCUCGCAGGCCGACAUUGUGACACAACAGCCAGGGGGAGAGAACUACGUCAGGACGACAUCAUAUGACGAGUCGCUCAAUCCAUUUGGCGAUGACGACGAUGACGGUGAAGCCAAUGUAACGGCAGAAUCUCAUGUGUACCAGGCCAUAGACGAGGCCCGAGGGGAACACAAUAAGGAGGUCGAGAAGAAGGAGGAGCCAGCGGUAGUGGAGGACACGAACCCCUUUGCUGAUGAUGUGGAUGAACCCCCCUCCCCCUCCCCCGAGGACUCCCCCCGGCAGAUGAACGGAAAGGAGGGUGUCCCUGUCAGGGCCCUGUACGAUUAUAACGUGACGGAGGAGGACGAAUUAGAACUCAAGGCUGGUGAUGUCUUUGUUAAGUUAUCUGAGGAGGACGAGCUAGGCUGGUGUAAAGGUUACAAGGACGGCCGAGAAGGAUUGUACCCCGCUAAUUACGUAGAACCUGUAUAGAUCUCACCAGAGCAUCACUACAUCCCACCAGCGUUUGGAACAGAGGACAUAUCCUACGUGCUGUUCAAACUCUCUAAUAACCAUGAUCAAACGUUAAAAUAUUGGAAAGCAUUGGAAUGUGUCAGGGCGGCUACAGCGUGUUAUUUACAUAUGUAUAAUGAUAUUACACUUGUUAUCACUGUUACUUAUGGUUAUCAGUAAUUGUUUGUGUAUGGUUGUCUUUAUAUGGACGUUUAGGUUGUUUUCCAUUUUACAGACAAAAUAUUUGUUAUAAUCAGAAUCUUCUGUAGUUUUUUUUGUCAGUUCUCUGCAUUGACACUGUUUUUUAGGCAGAAUGUGUUAGGGGAAAAAACAGUGAUGAUAUACAGAGAAGUGAGUUAACAUGAAACCUUCCAGACAAAAUGCUAUAAACUACAAAAUAGGCUUCGUGUGAUAUAGACUUUAAUAUAUGUACAUCCCUCUUGCCACCUUUUUUGUUAAAUCAAAAAAAAAAAAAUUCCAUCUUUUAGCAGAGUAGGCUUUUUAUGUUGCUGACUUCUUGACUUUCCUAUAACUGAAACCACCCACUAUGGUACUUGGAAUGAAAUUUUUUUUAGCAUAGUUUUUAAUCAGAAUUUAUGUUUACAUUCUUGACAUAUCUUAAGAAAAAUUUCAGUGUAAGUUUCACAUGUAGAAUUGUAGAUAUCUACCUCAGGUCAAUAUGUAUGUUAAAUUAGAUUUCAUCUUGGUCGCUUAUCUCUUUUUCUCCAAUUCUUAAUUGUUGCUACGCAUUCACUUUGUACAUGUAUGUAUGGACUUCAUGAACUCGUAAAUCCAUAUUUAGGGUAGGUCACUCUCUUUAGUUUUUAAAUAGCAUUGUUUUGUUAAUUGCAUGAGCUUCCAGUUUGUGAUCAUGUCAUUUUGUGAUCUCUGUAUUUUGCCAUCUUUGCUUGAUUGUACAUUCCGCAUUUAUAUUGUGAUUCUAGGUUUUUAAAUAAAUAAUAAGUGUCAGAAACACAGAAAAUCUGCUCAUUUUCCAAAAGCAAUGUAAAUAUGAUGUUAAAAAUUUAUACCUUUUUUUCAUAGCUAGGUUUUGAAAUUUUUAACAUACUUUUGAACAUUUCUUUACUUUUUUCCUUGUGUACAUUUCUGAUGCUAAGUAGCAGAAAUUUUCUUAAAUUAUGUGUUUAACAAAAUUCUUAAGUGUUAACUUCAAUCAUAUUUUUUCUGAUAAAAUUAUUUGUAGUUUUAUUGCUGCUGAAGUAUUUUUGUUCUGUCUUGUUACAUCUUGGAAUGUUAUGUAAUAUAUACAUAGAUAUCUAGAGGUACACCAAAAUGUUACCCAGCCCUCUUCUUAUACAAAUGUACUUGGAGACAGCAAAGCUAACAAAUCUCUGAUCAAAUCAUGUUCUAAUGGAUACUUUUAUGUCAAGCUAUGAUCUUUUGUACAAAAUGAUGAAAAUGGCAGAAUAUUAUAAUUCUUUUCAUGUGCUGUCAAGUCCCUAAACAUGUUUGUCUCUGAUAAUUUGGAUUUUUGAGCGGAUAGGAUACCAUGUGUUUUUGAGAGGUUCCAUGUUAAUUGAUAUAUCCAUUUUAUGAUAAUAUUUACAUUAUUAUGUGCCAGUGCUAGAUUUCAUAUAUGCAAUUAUAGAAUGUAUAGUGUUCAUAUUACUGUGUUAGAAUUGUACAAUUAAAGCAGUGUCGCAGUUGUCUCCCUUUUGUGAGAAAACAUUUUCUUGUUCACAAAUUUUCUCAAAGUGCUGUUAGUUUAUGGUGGCCAAUUUUCUUUCCUAAAGCGCAUAUCCUCUUGCUGUACAGAAUUUCAAUAAUUAUUUCAUCCUCUUAUGCAAUGGAAUAUAAAAUUAUGAUUGUAUAUAUUUUCAAUUUGAUCUGAUUUUAAUAUGAUUAUAAAGGAUUCAGACUGGAUUCCCUCUGGUCUUGUCAGUUUAGUAUAGAGAUUUCUACCUUCAGUUGAGGAGAGUCUGUGUUCUGCUUUAAUAGUACUGAAGAGUGUUUUUGUAUAUUACAAAUAUUAUGAAUUGUGUACAAGGUAUACCCAAUGUGUAGCUGGGAAAAACUGAUAGUUAUUUAUUACUGAAAAAAAAUAUUGCAAUAAAUAAGAUCUAACAGUUA